AUGGUUGGAAUACUACGCAGCUGGUUAGCCGACUAUAAAAAUCGGUUUGCGCCGGCUCUGCUUUUCAAAAUUUUGACCAACGACAUUCGGCGGCUACCAAAAACUGAGGAAUUGUGCGAUGUGGAAGAACUUUGUCAGGUUUUUUCUUUCUUUCGAAUGAGAAUUUUCCUAUAAACCUUUUUAUGUGACCGCCUGGAUAUUUGGACUUUCGAAAGAUUGAAAGAGGCGUUUUUCGGACUUUUCACAAAGUGUGUAAAGAAGAGUUCGUAAGCACAUUCCCACCAACCUGCAUAUUUGAAUUUUUAUAGAAAGUAGGGGUUAAUUUUCCAAAAUCUCAGAUAAUCUGUUUUCUUUUUGAACUUGCAUCCGAAUAUCCUUCAUCACGGAAAUUUGUGGGGCUUUCUUGCAAGUUCGAUGGCUCAUUAAAUUUGAACGGAGGGUUUGAAUUUUGGAUUGUUGAAGAAUAAAAGAGAAAGUUGCAGAAUUUGAGAAAUAGCUUGAAUUCCGAAUUUUCACGAAUAAAUUAAGAAUUUGGGAUUUCGCAAAACCUCCCUAAACCCCAAACUUUUUUGGUUGCUGCAAAAGGCUAUUCCGCAACGGAAGAAUAAGCUAUCCACUUCAGAGUUUUCAGCGGCCCAGUUGAAGACAGCCCUUUUGGUUCUCGAGCGCGUCUUUCCGAGCAAGAACUUCUCUCUGCCGACCGAUGGAAGAGAAAGUGAGGAAGUCUCUCGAAUCUUGCUACAACACCUUGGCUUCCGUCUUUCACGUAAAGAGAGUUCUGUGGCAGGACGCGGCGUGUUCGUGGAGCAAGGUAGAAUUUUUCGAUCCAAUACUAGAAAGGAGAAAAACCUCUUCAUAACUGUUAUCAUUCUUGUACAUUGAAGGGAACCUCCGACGCGGCCAACUUGCUUGCGUCUACCCAGGGACGAUUUACCGCGUCGGUGACCCGCUGCUUCUGCAGUCGCUUGGGAACCAAUUCGUGCUGACGUGUCGUGACGGCGUCUCCGUCGACGGAAACGAUCGUCGACUCUCGCGAAUCGUCCACCGGUCGUGUGCUCGCCGCGAUUUCCCUGCUCCAUAUACCUCUGACUUGACGUGGCUAGGCCAGGAGCCGUUCUCUUUUCUGAACCUCGGUCACUACGUCAACAACGCGACGCAUGAUGGCCAGCACAACGUACAGUACAUGGAGUUUGAUGUGCAGGACUGGCCGCUGUCGCUGCGCAAGUUCUUACCGUAUGCUGUUUUCAACCCGUCGGCCACAGCCAUUCCCUUGCGCGUCGUCUGCGUUGUCGCCAUUCGUGACAUUUCCAUCGGUCAGGAGCUCUUUUCUGCCUAUGUUAGCGUUUGAUUCAUUGAGUCUCGAAGGUUCAGUUGCAAGUUCAUAUGAGAAAAAGGUUCAAUGAUAUGUGUAUUCUUUGAGAUUAUUCAGUAUUCAUCUUCAAUAAUCUUUUUUUGCUCUUUUUGAGAUUGAACGAUUGCUUUAGAAGCCGAAUAAAUUAGUAGUUUGAGAUCGUAGAUUAAGAUAUAAUAGGAACAUUCAAAUUGCUACCGUUUUCUUCUAAUUGUUUAAAAAAGAGUUAACGAGACAAAUCUUCAAGAAUUCACUCGAAAAAAAAGUAUAUUUUCUUCUCGCCGCGUUCGAGGGGUCGUUUUUUAACUGUUUGUUUGCUGUUUUUAAACCAAAUUUUUUCGUCUUCCUUUGAAAAUCACAAAUCAAGUUCCUCUUCUAACUUUUUUUUUUUUCAAAAAACGUGACAUAGUUUUGGGCCAGUGUUACUGUCAUAAAGUUUGAAAGAAUUAUCGUUUUAAUGAAACAUUUAAAUUCAAAGAAACUAUGAAAUUGCAAUAUUGAAAAAGUCGCGAAAAAGAAAGUCGCUGUCCAAGCAAAUGUUUCAACUUGCGCGAAGAUUUUGAUCACUAAAUAAAUAUGAGGAACAAAGAAGUGUUAUUAGAAGCACAUCUCAUCGAUAAAAACUUGGGAGAGCGGUUUCAACCCGAGGCGACGGCGGACCUUCCCGUGGGAUCUGACGCGUUUUUCGCUUCUCAGCCUCCCGUCAACACUUUGCCAAUUCAUUCUGGCACCGUGGUGAAUCUCCGCCUCAAUAGCCAUGGUGCGGUUCCUCCUGCGAUUUCGCUCCGAGACCGUCAGGCUUUUUUUCUAACCUAUCCUAUCAGUUUCGAAUCGAAGGUUUUUUUCAAAUUGAUUUCUAAUAGGUUUUGAACCGGAUCAAUUUCGUGAGAUUUUAAACUCGUUUUUAAUCUUGAAAUUUUACUACAGCUUCAUGUUCUAUGGAAAAAAAAUCAUCAUCAGCCUUUCUGAAGCUCUUUCAAUCAGGCGAAUAUGUUCUGAAACGCAAUUACGCUCUGGCCAUACUUAGGGACUAUUGGGCUCGAAAGAGACUGAACUUUUGAGAUAUAUGCGUUGCUAAGAUACUUUUGGACCAUUGCUACAUCGAAAAUUGGUCGAUGAAUUCGUUUGGACAUACACUCGAGAUGAUAUUAAAAACAAAGCCUUCGAGUUUGAUAUAAACCUUUUUGAAAAGAAGGAGUCCGUUUGAAGGAGAGCCGUCCGUUUCGGCGUUUAGCGGCGACGUGACUGCGAUUUGGGUCGCGGAAGAGACUCUCGCUGGAGUCUGCAGGAGGUAAGAUGCAUCGAUUAUGUUCUUCUUAUAUUCUCCUGGCUCCCGCCCUUUUCUUCUUCUUUAGCUGCUUCCUUCUUCUUUUUUCUUUCGGACGCUCACUCAACCUUUAGUUCUCUUCGGCUUCCAACUGUCUCCUGGUGUUUCAGACAGGAUGACGACGCCGUCGAACAUUCAGAUCUACUGCGACGUCGACCCCAUGCGAUUCUUCCCAUCCUCGUCCAAGUGAGUCUGAUUGAUGAUACGUCGGAGACCCCAUUUCGCGAGAUUUCCUGGAACGAUGCCGUUUUUUUGGUCGGAGAAAGCCGUUUUUCACGGGGAAGAAAAAUAUUACUUGGAAGCCAAUUCGGCCAUUUUCUGUUUUUUUUAUGGCGCCGUCUUUUUUUCCUUUCAAGUGUCUAUGUGGUUUAUAAUGGUUUAUGAUGCAUCCAAGGAUAGAUUCAAUAAUGCAAGAAAAAUAUUGAAAUCUUCUUCAUACUUUUUUCGAAGAAAGCAUCAUGGAUCAUAGUUCAGAAAAGUGGAUAGAAGUUUAAAAAUCAAAGCAAACAAAAAUAUAUAAGAAGUUAGGAAAAAAAAUAAAAAUAUUCAGAAGUACGUCACAGACGGACCCUCGACCGGCGGUAUCGAUGAAGCUCGAGCCGCCGUUCGCCGAGUUUAUCGAACUCGGUGGCGCUUCGAAACACGCCAUGAUCAACGAUGGAAUGUGCCGGGUCGUCUUCAAAGUCAAGUGCAGCAACAACUCCCUUUUCAAGGUGUUUUCUCCGUUUUAUUUAUGUUUUUGAGACACUAUGAGUUACUUUCAACAAUAUGAAGUGGUUAAAGUUCAUAAAAAAGGAUUUUCAGUUGUGGUCCUAUUUUUUUUUCAGAAUCUCGAAUAACAAUUUUAUGAGCCAUGGUUUAAAAUUUAAGUGCACUAGGUGAUUGUUCAGAUAUUCGCACUUAUUAAUCUUUGAGAAAAGUCCGUUCAAGUUUUUGCCUAGUUAAAAUGUCAAAAGAGCUCCUGCUUCACUUUUUUUCUAAUAAACCAGAAAGUUAAUUUCAGAUUUUUCUCUAGAAAUUAGUUAUUUGAGCAAGUUCCAGAAGUCCAGAUUAACUUAAAGAAUAGUUUUGCGACGUCUUAUUUUACAGAAAAAUGAACUUCAGAUAGAAAAUAGUAUGCUAAACAAAGACAAAUUUCAGACUUUUUCAAUCUCAAUUUUUUUUUACACCAAAAGACUUUUCCUCUGAAAAGGAAGGAAUCUACGUUGCACGUUUUGAGGAAAUUGCUUCCUUUGUUCAUUCCUUUUAGUGCGUUUUUUCCUCGUUUGAGAACUUUUUCCCUCAGAAAUUUCAGUCGAACAAUAAAUUGGCCUAUUGAGGUGUCACCAGUGUAUGCCUUUCUGGAUCCUGGCGCUUCUACGGAAUUACAGGUAUUUUUCGGAGAAGACAAGAAAAUAUUAUUCAUUCAGAUAUUGAGGCAACAAGGAAUCAGUAAGCACGAUAAACUCAUCAUCUUACUCAAAGAAGCCAAACGCUCUGAUAAGGUUUAUUUUUCAGAUUUUUUUAUAAUUUAUGAAGAGAAAACUUGGAACGCUCGAUAGAGAAAAUUUUUAAUAUACGCUGCGAAAAAUGGCCAAAGGAAACAUUUUUGCAAAUAAACAGUCCCUGUGGGACAAAAUAGUGAUUUGCGGAUGGUUAAAUAAAUUAGGUGAUCUUUUUUUGGGGCUGAUGGUCAUAUCCUCCCUAGGAUAUUAUUAUUCCAGAAAAAAAGUAAAAAAAUUUCUCGUAAUAGAUCUGGUUCUCGAUUUUUAGACGCGUCAAAAAGCUUGAAAAAGCGCUUUUUUUCCUCAUAAUUUGGUUAUUUUGCGAAUUUUGAAACUUCAUAAAUCAAAAAAAAAAAAAGAUUUAUUACGAUACAUUUUUUCUACUGGAUGGAUUCAGGAGAUUCUAAAUUACAUUUCAGAAAAGUUUCAUCAAAAGUUAAAUCGGGACACUCUCUCUCUCUCGCUCUCUCUUUUUAAGCGACGCGACAAUUUAGUUUUUUUUUUCUCCUUAUUUUUUUCUCUCUUUGUUUUUAAGGCGAGUUUGAGCUUUUAAUAUUUUGACUUGGAUUAGAUCUAUUUUCGAAAAUGGAUAUAAUUAUACUUAUAUAGUUAAUUUCGUUCAUUACAGGAUCCGCGGAAAGCGUUCCAAGCCGAGGCAACGACCGUCAAAAAAGUUCUUCCUCUAAUUGCGGUUGGUUUUCAACGUGACUUGUCCAAGCAGCCCCAAUUAUAAUAACUCUGGACCAAAUUGACUUGGAACUUUGCAGCGGCAGGUCGAAGAAAGAUAG